CGCACACCUCCAGCAGCACAGGUAGCUAGCCCGGCAGGGCCUGCCACAGUCAGUGGUGCUGGACUCUUCUCACUCUCCGGUCACCGCGGGGAACCCACAGAGCCUCCACCAUGGGAAUGUCCAAGCCAUGGAGUUGCUUUGGUUACCCCUUGAGCAUCUUCUUCAUCGUGGUCAAUGAGUUCUGUGAAAGAUUCUCCUACUAUGGAAUGAGAGCAAUCCUGAUUCUGUACUUCACAAAUUUCAUUGGCUGGGAUGACAACCUGUCCACGGCCAUCUACCACACAUUUGUCGCCCUGUGCUACCUGACGCCGAUUCUCGGAGCUCUUAUCGCCGACUCAUGGCUGGGGAAGUUUAAGACAAUUAUAUCAUUAUCCAUUGUCUACACAAUUGGACAAGGAAUCAUCUCAAUCAGCUCAAUUAACGACCUCACGGACUACAACCACGAGGGGACCCCCGACAGCCUCCCUGUGCAUGUGGCGCUGUCCAUGAUCGGCCUGGCCCUGAUAGCUCUUGGUACAGGAGGAAUCAAGCCCUGUGUGUCUGCAUUUGGCGGUGAUCAAUUUGAAGAGGGCCAGGAAAAGCAAAGAAACAGAUUUUUCUCCGUCUUUUAUUUGGCCAUUAAUGCUGGAAGUCUGUUGUCUACCAUCAUCACUCCCAUUCUCAGGGUUCAACAAUGUGGAAUUCACAGUCAGCAAGCAUGUUACCCACUGGCAUUUGGGGUUCCUGCUGCUCUCAUGGCCGUCUCCCUAAUUGUAUUUGUCAUCGGCAGUAGAAUGUACAAAAAGUUCCAGCCACAGGGCAACAUCAUGGGUAAAGUGGUCAAAUGCAUUGGUUUUUCUAUCAAAAACAGGUUUAGGCACCGAAGUAAGGAAUUUCCCAAGAGAGAGCACUGGCUGGACUGGGCUAAGGAGAAAUAUGAUGAGCGGCUUAUCUCUCAAAUUAAGAUGGUUACGAGGGUGAUGUUCCUGUAUAUUCCGCUCCCGAUGUUCUGGGCCCUGUUUGAUCAGCAGGGCUCCCGGUGGACACUGCAAGCAACCACCAUGAACGGGAGAAUUGGAGUUAUUGAAAUUCAGCCGGAUCAGAUGCAGACUGUGAAUGCCAUCUUGAUUGUCAUCAUGGUCCCCAUCGUAGAUGCUGUGGUGUACCCUCUGAUUGCAAAAUGUGGCUUCAAUUUCACCUCCUUGAAGAAGAUGACAGUUGGGAUGUUCCUGGCUUCCAUGGCCUUUGUGGUGGCUGCAAUUGUGCAGGUGGAAAUCGAUAAAACUCUUCCAGUCUUCCCCCAAGGAAACGAAGUCCAAAUUAAAGUCUUGAAUAUAGGAAAUGAUAAUAUGACUAUAUCUUUUCCUGGAGAGAUGGUGACACUUGGCCAAAUGUCUCAAACCAAGGAAUAUAUGCCUUUUGAUGUAAACAAGCUGACAAGCAUCAACAUUUCUUCCACCGGGUCACCAGUCUCAACAGUAACUCAGGACUUUGAGAAGGGCCAUCGCUACACCCUUCUAGUGUGGGCACCUAGUCAGUACCGAGUGGUAAAGGAUGGGCUUAACAAGAAGCCAGAAAAAGGAGAAAAUGGAAUCAGAUUUGUAAAUACUUUUAAUGAAGUUAUCAGCAUUACAAUGGAUGGGAGAGUUUUUGAAAACAUCACCAGUCACAACGCCAGCGAAUAUCAGUUUUUCCCUUCUGGCAAAAAAACUAUCAUAGUGAACUCAACAGAGAUUUCACAAGACUGUACACAAGAUUUUGAAUCUUCCAACCUUGAAUUUGGUAGCGCUUAUACAUAUGUGAUCAAAAGGGAGGGUAAUGGCUGCCCCAAACUGGAGGAGUUUGAAGAUAUUCCACCCAACACAGUUAACAUGGCUCUGCAAAUCCCGCAGUAUUUUCUUCUCACCUGUGGCGAGGUGGUCUUCUCCAUUACAGGACUGGAGUUCUCAUAUUCACAGGCUCCUUCCAACAUGAAGUCGGUGCUCCAAGCAGGAUGGCUGUUGACAGUGGCUUUCGGCAACAUCAUUGUGCUUAUUGUGGCAGGGGCAGGCCACUUCAGCGAGCAGUGGGCUGAGUACAUUCUGUUUGCUGCGCUGCUUCUGGUCGUCUGUGUGAUAUUUGCCAUCAUGGCUAAAUUCUACACCUACAUCAAUCCAGCGGAGGUCGAGGCUCAGUUUGAUGAGGAUGAAAAGAAAAAGGAUGCAGAAAAGAAUGACCUGUACCCCACACUGGGGCCUGUCUCACAGACACAGAUGUGAAGAUCAGGAAACAAGCCGAGGAUGGACUGGGCCCAGCCUGCGCCCUGGCCUCUGUCCCCAGGGCAGGACACUCCUUUGGAUAGCCCUUGAUGGGGAAGACUUCAGAAUUGUGAACUGAACCAAGAAAGCUAUUUUCUAAGCAGCCAGCAAUGGAUCUAAAACUCUAGAAGAAGUCUUUGUUUAAAGUCUUAUUUAAAACACACUUUUUUUUUUUUAAACUCGGAGAGCACACGUUGCAUUUAUCUCUUCUCCUGACAAAUGAAUGUAGUUUGCACUAACAAUUUUGAAAGAGUGACAGAGUUCCAUUGGUUUUUUCCAACACUCUUACAAAAACAAUGUUAACUGAGACCAAUUUUUGGCCAAUGCCAAAAGUGAAUUCACAGGUUUCAUAAUGGUGUAGAGUUAGCACCAGCUGGUAUUAACUGAUAACUUUACCUUUUGGAUUUUACUUUAGUUUUUCCAAUCCCUACCUCUUUUUAAAUUGCAUAUAACUCAAAAGACCACUCAAGUGAAGGCCAGUAAUGAUUUUUUAAGUUUUUAUGGUAUGAAAUAGAUUCCUGUCUUUGGGUAGGGUAGCUGUUUAACAGGCUAAUUAUAAAAGCAAUGUAUGUCCACUAAAAUUUCACCAGAAUUUGAUAAAAGCAUUAACAAGAACUGUGCCCACAUGGGAUAAAUCCCAGGGACAUGAAACAUCAAGGUUUAUUUCUUCAUUAUCCUAUUUUUCCCAGGGGGAAAUUCUGUAUCUUUUAUUAUUAGGAUCUUUUUAUGUGCAUUCAUGUAUAGAUCUCAUAAUGGUUUUCCGCUUGAAGUAAAAAUUCUUCCAAAAAAUUGUUAACAUUAAAAUCUAAUUCAUACUA